AUGAGAUUCACUACUCUUCUGGGUGUGGCCCUGACAUUCAGCGCCGCUGCUGAAGCGACAGUAAAUACCCCGAAGGUCCUCGCCCAGCCCGCAGAUAAGAAACGGCCCAAUUUUAUCUUCAUCCUUACCGAUGACCAGGACCUCUACUUGGAUUCUCUUGAUUACACACCAUUGACAUUGAAACAUCUCAAGCAGAAAGGGACGUUUUUCAAGAAUCACUUCGUGACGACCGCAUUGUGCUGUCCGUCAAGAGUCAGCUUGUGGACAGGGCGCCAGGCACACAAUACCAAUGUGACUGAUGUGUCUCCACCUUAUGGCGGGUAUCCAAAGUUCGUAGAGCGUGGGUUCAAUGAGAAUUUCUUGCCUGUUUGGCUACAACAGGCUGGAUACGACACCUAUUAUGUCGGAAAACUCUUUAAUGCACAUACGGUUGAUAACUACAACAGCCCCUAUGUUUCUGGCUUUAAUGGCUCUGAUUUCCUGCUGGAUCCUUUUACCUAUUCGUAUCUCAAUUCGACCUACCAACGCAAUCAUGACGCACCAGUUAGCUAUGAGGGCCAUUACUCGGUCGACGUGACUGCGAACAAGUCUUUUGGCUUCUUGAAAGAUGCCUUAGCUGGGCAGCGUCCGUUCUUCCUAGUCGCCGCACCGAUCGGUCCGCAUUCGAACGUCAAUCCGAACCUCGGCGCGGAGAGUAUACAUGGUUCGCUUCAGAUGACAGCUCCCAUCCCAGCAGACAGACACAAGGAUCUCUUUGAAGGAGUCAAGGUUCCCAGAACCAAACACUUUAAUCCGGAUGAGCCCAGCGGAGCAAACUGGAUUCGUAAACUGCCAAAGCAGAAUCAGACAGUUGUCGACUACAAUGACCACUUUUAUCGCUCUCGUCUUCGCGCCCUGCAGUCUGUUGACGAGCUUGUGGAUGGUCUCAUUACCCGUCUGGAGGAGAGUAACCAGGCUGACAACACUUAUAUCAUCUACACCUCCGAUAACGGCUACCACAUUGGCCAGCAUCGUCUGCAUCCAGGAAAGGAGUGCGGAUAUGAGGAAGAUAUUCGUGUCCCACUUUUCAUUCGUGGACCUGGUGUUCCUGAAGGCCGCGAAGAAGAUGCUGUCACAACGCAUAUUGAUCUGGCUCCGUCAAUCUAUGAAUUGGCGGGUAUCCCUCUCCGCGAAGAUUUUGAUGGCACGCCGAUUCCUGUCGUAUCUGAAUCUGUGGGUACACGCCAUGAACACGUCACGGUGGAAUAUUGGGGUUUUGCAGUUCUCGAAGGCGAAUAUGGUUUGUUUGAACCUGAUCAUUCGUCAAUUGUUCUGAACAAUACAUACAAAUCCGUUCGUGUCAUUGGCGAGGGUUACAAUCUAUACUACUCUGUCUGGUGCAAUAACGAGCACGAACUGUAUGAUCUUGAGACGGACCCCUUCCAGCUUCAUAAUCUCUAUCCAACCAGCGACGCAAAGGAUAUGAAUUCCGCGAAGAUCCUCGGACGCCCCAUUCCACAGGUCCUUGAAAGGCUUGAUGCAGUCCUCCUUGUGUUGAAAUCCUGCAAGGGAACCACGUGCAUCGAUCCCUGGGUUAUCUUGCAUCCCGACGGUUCUGUCAAAAACCUUGGGGAUUCUGUGCAAUUGCGGUAUGAUGCGUUCUAUCGUUCUCAGCCGAAAGUGGCGUUUGAUCGAUGCGAGCUUGGUUAUAUCGUGGAUGCAGAAGGGCCGCAGCACCCGCUGCUCUACCGUGAUGGGUUGAGGUGGGACACGUGGGUGUAG